AAGAGCAGAUCAACAAAUCAGAAGAGCUUCAGUGAAGAUGUGUUCCAGUCCGUAAAGUCUUUAUUGCAGAGUGAGAAGGAGCUAUGCAGUGUAUCAGCAGAGGACUGUUUGAAGCAGGAUGAACAUGCCAGUUUGACUGAGGUCACAUUUCUAGGUUUUAAUGAAGAAACAGAUGCUGCUCAUAUACAGGAUUCAGCUGCAGUUUCUUUGGAACUCCCAGAUCUUCUGAAUUCACUGCACUUCUGCAGUCUAAAUGAAAAUGAAAUUAUUUGUAUGAAGGAUAUAAAUAAAUCAUCAGAUAUAAACACUGGUCCUCUAAACCAGAGUCAUCAUCCUGGAAUGCUUUGUGUCAUGAGAGUGUCAUCUACAUUACCAAGACUCAGAAUUGAUUUUCUCUUUAGUCUCCUAAGUAAAUAUGCUAUGGGUAUAAGGUACACCCUGGACACAUGUUUGCAUCAGAAGUGCCAGCUUGAGGCCACUGAUGAAGAUGAUGACGAUACUAACCAGUCAGUAUCUUCCAUCGAAGAUGACUUUGUCACUGCCUUUGAGCACUUAGAGGAUGAAGAGGCUUCAAAGCCAUAUAAUGAUGGAAUAAACAUCACUGCACUAAGGAGCCAGUGUGACGCUGCUUCACAGACUAUUUCUGGUCACCGUUUAGAAACCCAUGAUUUCAGGGUUCUGGUUGGCUCUGGGUGGCAGAAGUCAUUGGCUAAACCUUCUGCUUCUUUAAUAAGUAUUCUGGGACAUAAAGAACUGCCUUCUGUGAAAGCUUCAGUCACGACAUCAGUUUCUGAGCCUUGGGUCCAAAGGAGUUUCUAUAGGUCCUCUGCUGCUUCAGAUAAAGAUAGUGAUGCUGAUGUGCAGAAACAGUUGUUCUCUUCUUCUCCUGCCUACUCGUCUGAGUCUGAAUGCUCAAGUCCAAGUCCUGUUAUUUUCUUGGAUGAAGAGGGAUAUCAAAAAAGUUUAAAAGCAAAACUUGAGUUACCUAAAAUUCCUGUGAUGAAGGAUGAUAUUGAGGAUUCAGACUCAGAAGUAAGUGAGUUUUUCGAUAGUUUUGAUCAGUUUGAUGAACUAGAACAAACUUUGGAGUCUGCUUGUCCAUUUCUAAAAGAUCCUGCCGUAGGGAAGCUGUCACACAAAAAAGGGCACAAACAUGAAAAAUUGUGUUCUGUAACCACUACUAUGAAUCCUCAGAAAUUCAAGUUUGAUCGUCCAGCUCUCCCAGCUAAUGUUAAGAAGCCAACUCCUCGUAAACCAGAAUCCCCUUACAGUCACCCGUGUGAUGCUCCAGAUUCUCCCCGCCCAGUGAAGGCAUCAGGGGAAGACAGUGGUUUGUUUAGCCCUAUUCGAUCCUCUGCUUUCAGUCCUCUUGGAGGCUGUACCCCUGCUGAAUGUUUUUGCCAAACAGAUAUUGGUGAAGAUAGGAUUCAUGAAAAUCAUGAUUCUGUUUAUUAUACCUAUGAAGAUUACGCAGAUAGCCUUUCAUGUGACGUACUGGGCUCGGUUCUUUAUACCCAACAUACAAAUGCAACAUCCAGCAUUAAUAGUAUUAAAAAGGGAGAAAAUAAAAUGGUAGCUCUUAAGUGUGGAAGCCUUGAUCAAAAAAGUAAAUCUAAAAAUAAAUCCUCGGUGAUUAAGGAUAGCAUUCAGAAGUUUGCAGCAGAUCUUGUGGAGAAAAGUUUUGGCAGUGCAUUUAAAGACUUACAGAAAGGAGUCUUUUCAUGUACCAAUGCUUUGUGCCAAUUAGCCAUGAAAUUGACAUCAUCCGUUUUUCAGAUGGCAUUUAAUGAACUGAGAAGGCAGCGUGCGUUUUCGUUGAAAGAACGUGCCAUUAGUGGUCUGGCUAACUUUUUGGUGAGUGAAGCUUUUGCAAAUGCUCUAAAAGAUUUACAGUAUGUAAAGAAGCAGAUCUUCACAAACACUGUUGCUAGGUUUGCUGCAGAUCUUGCUGAAGAACUUGUUUUUGAAGGCAUCAUGGAAGUGUGUCAGUUUUCGUAUCCUCCAACACCUGCAACUCCACAGCGUCGGUCAUUUGACUAUGAAGACAAAGUAGUGAAGUCCUAUGCAAAAGAUUUGUCUGAAUCUGUAAUACAGGAAGCGUUCAUUGAGCUGUCUCAAGUUGACGUGACCUUCACAACAAAGGCAGCAGUCAGUGUUUCCACAGAUAACAUUAAGUAUGUGAGUGCAGAAAAUGUAGUGCCACCGACACAGACUUCUACAUUUUCCCCUACUUUCAAUGGUCAAACAAUUAUGGUGACAAAACCAAUACAGGAAUAUAAAAAGGAAUACACAGUACAACAGGCCUUAUUUUGUACUUCUGGAAUUGUUACUUCUAUACCAGUGCCCUUGGCAGGAGGUGCCCUUCUCCCAUAUCAUAUUUCAUCUAAUAUGUAUCAGGCAAAGUCUCAUCCAUCAUCUGAUGAUAGUAGUUUGAAUGGUGGUUCUACCCAAGCAGGGGUUGGCACAAAACACAAAGAAGAGGAGGUAGCUUGUCUCAGGAAUAUUUGUUUACCUUCAGAACACCAUCCGGGUAACCAGAAUGAUGUUAAACCAACGAAUGAUGAUAUUGAAAUGGAAAGCUCUUCAAAAGUAACAAGUGAUCCUGUGAUUAUUAGCAAUUUUUCUGUGGCAGUGGUGCAUGCAAUAGUAAAUGAAACUUUAGAUUCAGUGGCGUCAUUCAAAGUUACAAAAACAAUGGAUAAACACAAAGAUUGUUUAACUAAAACAGUGAAGGGAAAAGCCCCUCCUUUUCACUGUGAUCAAGCAACACUGCAACAGAGUGAGGCUAGCAAGAAGGACAUGUUUGCUGACCGAUUAUCUAAAUCUGUUGUUAAACAUUCCAUAGACAAAAGCAAAUCAGUGAUCCCAAAUGCAGAUAAAAAUGGACUCCACAAGGAAGACUUGCCUGUUCCUGGAGAU